CCUUGACCCUUAGCCGCAACAUGAGCGAAGUGGAGAAAGCACAGACCGCAAAGCCGGGCGAGGAUACCAUAUUCGGAAAGAUUCUCCGAGGAGAAAUUCCUUGCAAGUUCAUUUACGAGGAUGAUCAGUGUGUGGCCUUCAAUGACGUGAACCCACAGGCACCAGUCCACUUCCUUGUCAUCCCCCGUAAAGCGAUUGCCACAAUAGAUGAUGCUACACAGGAUGAUGAACAGUUACUGGGUCACAUGAUGCUGGUUGCUAAGAAGGUUGCUAAGGAACAAGGGCUGACUAAUGGCUACCGCCUGGUGAUCAACAACGGAAGAGAUGGUGCCCAGUCUGUGUUUCAUAUCCAUAUUCAUGUGAUGGGUGGACGGCAGAUGAGUUGGCCUCCAGGCUAAGGACAGGAUUGUCAGGGUCACUGGGUCAUGACCUUUAGUCAAUAAUGAAGUCUUAAUUGAUGAUAACAUUUCAACCAGAUUUUUUUCAGCAAUUUUUCUUCUAAGAGGUUUUUUGUGGUAUUUUAACAUGCUUUUGGCUUAGAAUUUGCAAAUAUUGUGUCUUAUACUAAAUAUUUAACAUCUGCUGUUGAGUAAGUACAUCAAGAAUUCAUAUAAAGUUAAAUACACUUUACAGAUGUAAUGAAGGAAUUUGCUGUAAAUUCCAUAAAAUCACAGCUUCCAACUUAUACUUCAAUUUUUUUAUUUUGAAUAACCUUCAUUUGAUUUUAUGCAAAAUUAUAUAAGCUUAUGUUUUCUGACAGAUUCAGAACAUUUCUCUUUUAACAAAAAGUCAUACUUUUAAAUAAAAAAACACAGUGUACAUCUAAAAUAGAAAUAUGUCCACUUUAAUCAUUGAUUAAAGCCUUUGUGGUAAAAUAUUGAGAUAGUUGUGGAUUUAUUACAUCUUGAUAUUUUGUUUAAAGAAGAUUCUGAUUGGUGGAUACUAGUUUAUUUUGUUUAAAGAAGAUUCUGAUUGGUGGAUACUAGUUUAUUUUGUUUGAAGAAGAUUCUGAUUGGUGGAUACUAGUUUAUUUUGUUUAAAGAAGAUUCUGAUUGGUGGAUACAAGUUUAUUUUGUUUAAAGAAGAUUCUGAUUGGUGGAUACAAGUUUAUUUUGUUUAAAGAAGAUUCUGAUUGGUAGAUACAGGAAAAUGUAAUAACAGUGAUGGAUUGUGAUAUAUGUGAUUUGUCAUCUUCUGAAUGAUGACUUUUAUAAAACAACAAUGACAAUAAAAUAUAAAUACUUACAAAUCUCAUUACUGAAGUCAGAUGCACAAAAUUGUUGUAUUAUAUUGUUUUUGUGUUUUUAGUUACACAUAGGUUACAAAGUAGAUUAAACCAAAAUUGAAAUGUUUUUGUUUUCAGUGAUAAAUUAUUAUCCAUUGUUGUGAGAAUACCUUGGCUAAACAGAAUGAAAACACCUUUAUCAACAGAUCCAAUUAUACCCAGAAUAAAAAGAUUUAAUCUGAAAAAUUUUGGAUUAGCUGUCUUCCUUACAUUUGCCUUUCAAACAUUAAAUAUCAAAUCUAAAAAUAAA